AUGGGCGGCGAAACAGCAAUUAGGAGGACGGCGGACACAUUUCCAAAGCUCUCAGCAGGUCCCGUAGGACAACAGAUACAUUCUAUCUACAAGGGUAGACUGGGAUCCUUUACAGAUCGAGGACAAUAUGCCUCACAGAACUUGUGGGCGAAAAUGUACGAGGGCAAAGCCUCCGGUGAAGAAUACAUCAAACUAUCCGUUUAUUCCCCUCCAGAUCUAGCUCGGCCUCCGUUCGAAGAAGCUACGUCCCAUGAGUUCAAGAAGACACAGGUUGGGGCAUCAUUCGGACCCAGCUGGUCCACUCAUUGGAUCAAAGUGGAGCUCAAAGUGCCCUCACAUCUGCUGAAAAAGGAACAGCUCGAAUUCCACUGGGACGCUGGCAACGAGGGACUGAUCUGGACCGAGAAGGGGGUGCCGUUGCAGGGAUUGACUGGGGGAGACCGAACAGAGUGGGUCCUUCCAAAGGAUUUCCGUGACGGCAAUUUCCAUACAUUCUAUAUUGAGAUGGCGUGCAAUGGAAUGUUCGGUAAUGCUCCAGGCGGAGAUUCCAUCCAACCGCCAGACCCAAACAAAUAUUUCCAGCUAUGGAAAGCAGAAAUAGUGGCCGUGAACCAGGAGGCUAGGGCGUUAUUUUACGAUUUCUGGAUCAUGGGUGAUGGCGCACGAGAGUUCCCAGAGAACUCCUGGGAGUCUCAUGAAGCAUUACAGCUUUGUAACACGGUUAUAAAUACUUUCGUUGCCGGUGAUGGAAGCCAGGAGUCAAUCGUCGAGUGCCGUAAAAUUGCCUCAAAGUAUCUUGGUGACGUCAACUCAUCAAAGGUAUACGACAAUGAUAAAGAAUAUCUGAUCUACGGCAUUGGAAAUUGCCACAUUGAUACAUGUUGGCUUUGGCCGUGGGCGGAGACAAAGAGAAAGGUCGCUCGCUCGUGGGCAAAUCAGUGUGAUCUGAUAGAUCGCUACCCAGAACAUCGAUUCGUGGCGUCUCAAGCACAACAGUACAAAUGGCUACAGCAACUCUAUCCAACUCUCUUUGAUCGAGUCAAAUCUAAGAUCAAAGAUGGGAAGUUCCAGGCAAUUGGUGGCAGUUGGGUCGAGCAUGACACAAACAUGCCCAGCGGAGAAUCCUUGGUACGACAAUUUUUGUACGGUCAAAGAUUCUACGAGAGCCGUUUCGGUGAGCGUAGUCGGACUUUCUGGCUACCGGAUACUUUUGGCUACUCCACCCAGCUGCCACAGCUAUGCCGGCUUGCAGGUAUGAGUCGUUUCUUCACCCAGAAGCUAAGCUGGAACAACAUCAACAACUUCCCGCAUACAACUUUCAACUGGGUCUCACUUGAUGGCACUCAGGUACUGUGUCAUAUGGCACCGGCUAACACCUAUACUGCCGACGCGCACUUUGGAGAUGUGAGCCGCAGUCUUUCCCAAAACAAGUCAAUGGACCAAGAUGCCACUGGACUGCUCGCCUUUGGUAAAGGCGAUGGUGGAGGCGGCCCAACCUUCGAGAUGCUCGAAAAGCUCCGACGGUGUCGAGGUUUGAGUGACACCACAGGUCUCUUGCCUCGAGUCCAAAUGGGCGCCUCUGUAGAAGACUUCUUCGACAGACUAGAGAAGAAGGCGGAGGAAGGUACUAAAUUUGUGACGUGGUACGGUGAGCUGUACUUCGAACUGCAUAGAGGAACCUAUACCACCCAAGCGAACAACAAGUGGAACAACAGGAAGACCGAGAUCAUGAUGCACGACAUCGAGUACCUCGCGACGUUGGCUACUAUUAAAGACAGCACUUAUAAAUAUCCCAAGAAAGACAUCGACGAUAUUUGGGAGAAUACACUUUUGUGUCAAUUUCAUGAUUGUCUGCCGGGCAGUGCGAUCGAGAUGUGCUAUAGGGAUUCCGAUGAGUUGUACGAUUACGGUUUCAAGACCGGCGAAAAGCUUAUGAAGGAUGCAUUGUCUGUCCUUGACUUUUCCAGACAGGGUUUGAAGAAGGGUAGCAUGACUGCGAUCAAUACCCUUCCAUGGUCACGAUCAGAAAUCAUCAAGCUUCCCAAGGUUACGAAGUCGAAAGACUUUGAAUAUGGUCUUCUACAGGGCGGUCCUGGGGUAAUCAAUGUCGAGCCAUUGACAGACAAGGAUGCCAGGUCAAAAGCAUCUAUCGAAGAAAUUAAGAAAGGCGUAUUCCACCUAUCGAAUGCCCGCUACAAGAUAGAAGUAGAAGGCGGCAGUAUCACCUCCCUUGUCGAUCUUUCUGUGAAUCGCGAAAUCAUUGCCAAGGGAGGCAAGGCAAACCAGCUCGUCAUCUUCGAUGACAAACCUUUGUAUUGGCAAGCCUGGGAUGUCGAGGUGUACCACUUAGAGACUCGUAAAGAGUUGCUGUCCAGCUCAAGUCGAAUCGUUGAGGACAGCCCUCAUAUGGUCAGCCUGGUCACAGAGACCAGAAUUGGCGAGAAAAGCUGGAUCAAAACCACGAUAAGUCUCGCAGCAAGCGUCGAUGACCAGCCAUCUUAUAUCGAGAUGGCUAGCGAGGUUGAGUGGCGAGAGACGAUGAAAUUUCUCAAAGUGGAAUUUCCAGUCGACAUUGUGAAUACCGAAGCCUCCUACGAGACCCAGUUUGGAAUCAUUAGGCGACCUACUCACUACAAUACCAGCUGGGAUAUGGCCAAAUUCGAAGUCUGCUGCCAUAAAUGGGCUGAUCUUUCAGAGUAUGGUUAUGGCGUCUCCAUUAUGAAUGAUAGCAAGUAUGGCUUUGCAAUAAGUGGGAAUAUGAUGCGUCUCUCUCUUCUACGAGCGCCAAAAGCACCAGACGCACAUGCUGAUAUGGGCCGCCACCACAUCCGUUACGCCAUUCUCCCCCACGCCGGUCCACUUGACUCACGCACAGUUCGCACAGCCCGCAAUUUCAACACGCCAAUGAAGAUAUACUCCCACCCAACCGUCUCGACCGCAUCCUCUUUGCUUUCUAGCAUCACCCUUCAUGGCUCGCCCGCGCUAGUCUUAGAUACUAUCAAACGCGGCGAAGACGAUGAAGACGUAUCUCGUGGCGAGUUAUCUAAGCGUAAGGGUAGAAGUAUUGUUCUUAGAGUGUACGAAAGUUUAGGUGGUAAGGCUAGAGGCACAAUCAAGACCUCGUUGGCGGUCCAAAAGGUCUGUAGGACAAAUCUACUUGAGGAUGAUGAGGGCGAAGUGGAAAUCAAGGAUGGGGAAAUCGCAAUUGAGCUGAGAGCCUUUGAGGUAGCAACUUACCGACUACAACUGUGA